CAUUUGAAAAUCAAAUCACGGAAUCAAUCUUUCCACUCAUCCCCGCCGGCGCAGCCACACACGCGUCUCACCACCACUCGGUGUCAGCCUGUCUUUCUGUUCUGACCCAAGCCCUCCCUUGCCUUCAAGCCAGGAAAUCAGAUCAGUAUUUAUUUGUAGGAGCUAUGAUUCGAUUGUUUAAAGUUAAAGAAAAGCAGAGAGAACUUGCUGAAAAUUCAAAUGGCGGAUCACCUGUCAAAAAGCAAACUGCAGGGGAGUUGCGUUUACACAAAGACAUUUCUGAGCUUAACCUACCCAAAUCUUGCUCCAUAACAUUUCCUAAUGGAAAAGAUGACCUGAUGAACUUCGAAGUUACAAUUCGACCCGAUGAAGGAUUUUAUCUUGGUGGUACAUUUUUGUUCUCCUUCCAAGUUUCUCCUGUCUAUCCGCACGAGGCGCCGAAAGUUAAGUGCAAGACCAAGAUAUACCAUCCAAACAUGGACUUGGAAGGAAAUGUUUGCCUUAACAUCUUACGUGAAGACUGGAAACCCGUGCUCAAUAUAAACACCAUAAUCUAUGGAUUAUAUCAUCUUUUCACUGAACCGAAUUACGAGGACCCGCUAAAUCAUGAUGCUGCUGCAAUUUUGAGGGAUAAUCCAAAGUUGUUUGAGUCUAACGUGAGAAGGGCUAUGCAUGGUGGCUAUGUUGGGCAAACCCAUUUCCCACGGUGUAUCUAGUUUUUGCAAGGCCCUCCAGUUAGACCAAGUGAAAGCUUUCCAUGCUUUCAAGAUUUGGGUACUCUCACUUGUGAUGGUUUUUUUGCUUUAGUCUUCUUCCGUGGUCAAAAGGAGUGUUGUUCUCUCCAGAAAACUUGGGUUUGAGCAGCCGUGUUUGUAGGAUCUGCGUUGUCAAUGAUUAAAAAAAAUAUUAAUGGAUAUUAUCUUGUAAGCACCUUAUAUUAUU